AUGGAGGUUUUUGAAGAAAAUCAGAACCAGGAAAAUGAUAUGGAUGAAGCUAUCCCUCCUCAGUCAGAGGAGGAGAUGUUAGGUGCUGCGAAUAGUACUAUAAUUCGCUCACUGAUUGAUUUUAGAAGAGUUCAUAACCCGGAUAUUAUGCUUUUGUUUGAAACCCGUUGUAGCGAAGAAGGAGAUCAUAAAUGGAAUUUAACAGCGGUUUAUGCUAGCCCUAUUAAAAAUGAGAGAAGGGAGUUUUGGUAUCAAAUGCGUUGUAUUGCCACCAACCAAUCUAUCCCCUGGCUCCUAAUGGGAGAUUUCAAUAAUAUCAAAGAUGCAAGGGAGAAGAAGGGGGGUGCUCCAGUGGAUGCCCAAGCUUGUAGAAGAUUUACAAAUAACAUAGAGAGUUGUGGCCUGAUUGACAUGGGAUACUUGGGAUCUAGGUUCACUUGGAAAGGUGGAAUUCGGGAGAGUAGGAAAAGAGUCUUUAAACGUCUUGACAGAGGGCUUGCUAAUCCAAUUUGGAGGUUAGUAAAUCCGGAAGCAAAAUUGGAAGUACUUACUCGCAUUAAUUCAGACCACCACCCUCUUUGUCUUACCACCAACCCUGAUAGAGUGGACAGAGGUCAUAAACUGUCUUGUUUCGAAGUAAUGUAG